AUGACCCCGAGACAAAACUCAGAGGCAGCAGCUGUGGUCGACUCUCGAUUUUCAGUCGAAAAUCUCCCCUUUGGCUCGAAAGAACAGAAGCAAGCAUUGGCUAAACUCGCAUCACUACCUCCUCUACUUCACAAUCAACAACCGGAGCAACACUAUGCUGAAACGAUAUCGGAACUAAGAAACUCGUAUCCCUAUAUAUUUGUGGUCAAUUGGCUCUACAACUAUCGAGGGUUUUUGAAAUUACUGAGCGAUCCAUUCGAUGUUGACAUUUUCGAGUUGGAAUUGUUAAACUAUUUUCCUCAAUAUGACGAUGCUACAGACCAUGUGAAACCGGGUGGUCAUUUGUUUAUCAAUAGAUUAAAGUUGGCCUUGAUGACGGCAGUCCAGAAUAGCAAAAGCUCGCUGAUCAACAAUUUCGAAGCCAUCUUUCGAUUAUGGUUCGGAAUCGAUACUCCACUAGGUGGAAUCGCACGAGCUGAAGACGGAGCUGAAAAUGACGACGAAGGAGGAGGAUUAGAACCAACUGCAGUGGAUUUGAAAAUAGACUACAAUGAAAACGAAAACUUGCCCAAAUUCGACUAUUUGCUAAUCAAGGACAAAUUCGAAAUCCUUUACAUUCUCAUUUCGUAUGUGGCCAAGUCGAGAAGAUUCAGAGAAUGGGUAAGCAAAUUGACUCCGCAACCUGAGGCCUCGAGAAUCGAUCCCAGUUUCACUAUUGCCCCGCUGAAGUCAACAAGAACAGAAUAUUUUUUACUUUUUGAAGACUCUAGACUUUAUUCAAGGACAAUUACGUUUAACCCUUUGGUAAUAGCGAAAAAGCGGAAACUUGCCCCAACAAACCCACAAGAUCACUACAAGCCAAGUGCAUUUGACAUUAGUGACAAGAUUACAUUCCAACUACAGUAUAAAAACAUUUUUGAGUUUGCCAGUUAUCUCGAUACCAUCAAAACGCAUUCACAAUUGAAACAACUCUAUUCCAAGCUUACAAAACCAGCAAUCAUAGCGGCCAUGUUCGACUCUGAGCUUAAAAAGCGGAGAUUCAUCUUAAGCAAGAAAAAAGAAGCACAGCUCGCGGGUCUUUUAGCAGUCCGCAAACGUUCAUCAAGAAUCGAAGCCCGUGAGCGGCAACGCACUGAAGAAGAAGCCAAGCAACGCGAAUUGGAACAAGAGGAAUUGAAACUUGCAGCUCAGCAAAGAUUCGAACGGAGACAAAAGUUGAAACAGCGUGAUCUCGAUGUGCUAAGUGGAUCAUCACUGAAUAUGACGCGCGAUGAAAGGUUAAGGAGGAGAAACGAGAUUUUGUAUAAUCAACAGAGCUCAACUCCAACUCCCAUGCCUGAAUCGGUAGAACAUGAGAACGAAGAUGAUGAAUAUGACUCGGCUGCUACUAAUGGCGAAUCGGAGAUCAAAUAUGAACGUAAUGGCGAAACUAUAGACAUUUCUUCAGACGAUGACAAAGAGGAAGAAGAAGAUGACAAUGACAAUGAGAAAGCUGUGGGGUACGGAGUUGUCAAACAGAAUCAAGACCAAAUUGUGACGGAGUUUCAAGGUGAAGAAAAUGAUCUCAAGGUGCUGCCUGCUGCUCCGGGAGAACCGGCGAUCGUGAACAUGGUUGAACCAGAUCAGGUGAAACUAACCGAGUUUGCCGACACGAAAGUGGCAGAAAUCAAACCUGAAGAUAAUCAUUCAGAGUAA